AGGCGGAGCCUGGAGCUUCGGCGGGCCGGUCCUUGGCUUAGUCGAGUGUCGGGCGAGCGUCGUGUGGAAAGGGCCCUGCGGGAGCGGAGAGGAAAAAAUGAAAGAUGUUACUGAAGAUCAUCUAUAUCUAGACUACUUUCAUCAAAAUGAAGAUUGUAUAUUUCCUCUUCAUACAUCUAUAUCCUUGUUCCUGUUGUCAUACUGUGACUGCAAGAUAUUUAAAGUCUUUUUAGUAUCUCCUACUGAAAUACCUCCAGAUGGCCAUCUUACAGAAGUACUACCAGAGGGCUUGGAAAUUUGCCUCAUCAAAAGAUGUCAGCUUCCUUCAAUCAUCCAGAACUGCUGUUUACCUGUUAUUGUUGAGGAAAAUGGAAGAUUUUGUCGAGCAGGACUUGCAGUGGUAUUGAGACACAUAAUAUAUAAAACAUAUGAAGUAGAUCCAUCAAAAGAGGAUAUUUUAGAACUUUUGGGCUUUAAACAGACCUGUUUGAAAGCAUGUGCUGAAGUUAGUGAAUGGACCAGACUUUGUGAAAUCAGCAUUCCUCAGGCAGUAGAAAACGUUUUGGGAGUACCUCUUGAUCAGCAACAGACUAUUCCAGAGGAGAUACUGCAAUUUGAAAAGAAAUUGGGAGAACCUGUAAGAGUGCAUAAUGAUGACAAAAUUCGAAGGCAAAAAGUUCAGCAGCAGAAGAGUUUUGCUAAGAAGUCACCUAACAAUGUGUCCUCGCAAGAGGGAAGAUUGGCAGAAAAUCUUGAGCCUGCUUUUGCAGACAUGGAACUGAGAGUAGCUCUGUCUAAAUUAACCCUACAGAAAACACCAGCUACCGUCAACAGAGAAUCUUCUCACAUUAGGAAGAUGAAAACAUCGGAACUCCCACUCUUGGACCAUGUUUUUGCCGAAGGGCUUUAUUUUACUUUGGCUGAUGCAGUUCUCUUUCCAUGUAUCCAUUAUUUUCUGGGUUUCAUCAAGAAGCAUCAAGACUUUAUUUCACGGUUGCCUUUGAUAACCAGCUGGUAUCAGAGGGUUCAAGAGGUACCUGGGAUCAAGCAAGCUGCUGUCAAAUGUAAUAUGCAAUUUCUUCAGUAUAUGGGACCAUUCUCUACACCAGAUGAGCAUCUACAGAAUACCUGUACAACAUCUAAUGAGCCAAAAGAGGAAUAUGAAGACUCUCGAUUUAUAGGUGGACCAAGACCAACCAUGACAAAAUUAAUGGACAGAGGUAUUGAAGCAAAGUUUUCCCCUCAUCCUUGUCCAAGCUGGGCCCUAGAUUGGACCAGUCUACCAGCCGCAGUUAACCCAGGGAAAGGAAAGAUGUCUGGUGAUCGUGCUUUGAGGAAACAGCAACAGCUCAACAAUCUGGUGGCAUUAGUAAUGCAGCUGGCUAAGCCUGGAGAUAUGAUUGUGGAUUUUUGCAGUGGUGGGGGCCAUGUGGGAAUUGUUCUUGCUUAUAUCCUGCCAAUGAGCCAGGUAGUAUUGGUGGAAAAUAAAGAGCUGUCACUGGUUCGUGCUAAAGAGAGAAGUGAUGAAUUAGGGUUAAAAAACAUUUGGUUCAUUCAAGCAAAUAUGGACUAUUUUAAAGGAAGCUUUAAUAUUGGGGUAGUAUUGGUGGAAAAUAAAGAGCUGUCACUGGUUCGUGCUAAAGAGAGAAGUGAUGAAUUAGGUUCACAGUUUAAGGAAGUGUUAUCUUACAAGGAGCACAUGGUUCUCUGCAGAUUUGCUGAUCAGACAGCUGUCCAGCUUCCCCCUGAACGCAGGCAAAUAGGUAAAAAUUGCAUGGGGCUUGUGGAUCUCGACAGGGCCUGGAGCGUGGAAAGAAGCAACUACUCCGUCCAAGUGAUAUCCAUGGAACCAGAGACAUGUUCCCCAAAGAAUAACUUGAUAGUGGGCGUCCCAAUUUAGUUCAAACGUUUUUCAGAUUAUCUGAACUAACAGUCGUCCCUUAUGAUCAAAGUCUAAUAAGCAUUUGGAGAUUCAGACUUUAACUGGGAAGCAGACGGUGCACAUCUUGAAUUCAUUGUCUUUGGAAAAAGGAAGUGGAUAGGAAAGGGCUUGGCAGUGAGGAUGCUUCACAAAGCUUCCUAAAUCUUGCAUGAAAUGUGUGAUUAAAUGACAGCUGUUUCUCAGAGUAGGAAUAUUCCAAAGAAGUCUCUCUGUCCGCCACCAUAGAAAAACAAGGUCUUUUAAAAAGCUUCAUGGCUGGAAAAAUGAUUUCCUUUUCCAUGAAGACAAAUGUUGUAUGUUGGAAGAGCGUUUCAAAUGUGUUUGUGCUUACAGAGUUUGACAGUUUUUAAAAGUGUAUGCACCUACAUUAAAACCCUUUGACAGCUUUUUAAA